AUGCAUGGCCGCAUCGCAAAUGGCGAUAACACUGCCAAACCUCUGUUUGACUGUCUUAUAAUCGGCGGUGGUCCUGCAGGGCUAUCCGCUGCAACCACACUCGCACGUCAGCUUUACCACAUUAUUGUAUUCGACUCUGGCUCCUACAGAGAUGAUACCAUAACUCAUAUGGGCAAUGUUGCAACGUGGGACAAUCGUGCCCCAGAGGAGUUUCGCGAUACCGCACGUCGCGGUGUGCUGGAUCAAUACUCAACAGUCCGCAUCGAAGAUACCACGAUUACGCAUGUCAAACAAGCCAAGAAUGGACAUUUUGAGGCAACGGCAGAGACAGGAGCAAGGUGGUACGGAAGGAAGCUUCUGCUUGCGACGGGUGUGAAAGACGUGUUUCCGGACAUUCCUAGCUACCAGGAGUGUUGGGCGGUUGGCAUAUGUCCUGACCUCUUCUGGUAUGGCAGCCAAAAGGGCAGGGCCCAAUCUGCUGGUGUUCUUGUCAGCGGCGGUAUGGCCACGCCAUCUCGCUCCGCAGAGAUCGCAGGUAUGGCGAGACGGCUCGCGGACAGCGUAACAUUCUACACGGACAGUAAUGAAAGCCUAAGCGAACAGCUUCGAGAAGACAUGGGCAAUUCUCAGAUCAAAGUUGACGCACGAUCGAUCACACAUUUAGAAAAGAGCACUGUUGGACACGCAAUCAUCAUACGCUUUGAUGAUUUGACAACGAAGACUGAGGCCUUUCUGGCACACGAAUCCAGGACGGAGAUCAAUGGACCAUUUGCAUACCAGCUGGAUCUAGAUCUGACUGACCAGGGGAACAUCAAGGUUGCUGAACCAUUAUAUGCUACAAGUGUACCUGGUGUCUUUGCGGUUGGCGAUUGUGCAUGUCCAACAAAAGCCGUGGUGCAAGCCAUGGCAACGGGAGCAUUGGGUGGGACAGGUGUUAGUACACAGUUGAUUGCGGAGAUCUACUGA